CCAUUGAAUAACAGACAAACUGCAUUGAAUUCUGUAUCUUGGUGAGUCAUUCCUGUUGCAGAGGUCUGCCUGGACAGCAUGCAAAGCGGCAGUGGUCACGUAGGCGAUGAAGAGCUGGCCUUCACGGACACCCAGCCUCCCUACAUAAACCCACCUGUUCCCUUCACUGGGAGGAUUGAAGGGGGUCUCCAGGAUGGACACAAGAUCACCGUCAUGGGGCGUGUUCUUUCCACAUGUGAAAACAGGUUUGAAGUGAACUUUCAGAUGGACUACAACGACCAUGAAAUUGGCAGUAAGCUAAUUUGGCAGUAAGCCGGGAUACUGUCCUAUUUUCCUUGACCUCGGUUUGAAGUGAACUUUCAGAUGGACUACAACGACCAUGAAAUUGCCUUCCACUUCAUCCCUCGGUUUGAAGAAGGCAGAUAUGUGGUCUGCAACACGAAGCAGCUAGGAAAGUGGGGGCCGGAGGAGAGGAAGAUGCAGAUGCCCUUCCAGAAGGGGAGUUCAUUUGAGAUCUGCUUCGAGGUAGACAGCUCCACAUUCAAGGUGAUGGUGGACAAGAAUAUCUUCCUGGAUUAUGCACACCGUGUGCCCUUCUACCAAGUCAAUGCCAUCUCCGUCAAGGGCGGUGUGCAUCUGUCCUACAUCAGCUUCCAGAAAUAGAAAUCCCUACCGUGUGGAAGAUGUUCAGUCUAUGGUGCUCACAUGGUCAUAGAACCCAGAAGCUUGAGGAUAUUGGCUCCCGAUUACCUCACCACCAACCAAUCAGAAGACAUCCAUGCGCUGAUCACACACCCCUCACCCUCUCGCUCACCCUGUGUUUAAGACCAUUUCCCUGAACGUCAUCGUGGAGUUUGGGUUUUUUAAGCUUGCCUGGACUCCUGCUUGGUUCCUGCAAUAAAUACUUCACUUUCCUUCUC